CGGACGCGGAUUGCUGUCGUUCACUUCUUUCCUUCUCCUGCUCUGCUCUUUGUUCAGUUCCAUCACUGUUGUGGAGAGAUUGCAGAUUUACCGUUGCUGUUGCUUGGACAACGAUUGACCUUGAAGCCGCCCAAUCGCGACUCGUCUGGACCCCGCUCACCGUGUAUCGUCAGCGCACUCACCAGCCUCAGCCGUCAAAGCGUGCGCUUUCGACUUCAAUCACGAAUACUGAGCUCGGAUCCCCCUGUCUUUUCGCACCACCAUUCGUCUCGCUGUAGACCGGUCGAAAUGGCUACUUUCACGCGCCAGCCCUUUGGCGAUAUCAGCACGCCGCGCCUGCAGGCCCUUGGCAGCUCCAAGAACAGGCAGAACGCCUUGUCGCCCACCACUCCCAGCUUUGUGUGCCCAUUGAAGCCCAGCGCGCCAUCGUCCAUCGGCAAGCGCCAGCGCGAGCCUGACAUCUUCGAGGACGAGGAUUGCGAGAACACCGACCCGGCUGCCUCUAGCUCGCCCUUCAAGAAGUCGUGCAACAUCAGCCAUGACUUUGUGAAGCCCGCCCGAUUUUCCAUGGUUGCGUCGCCGGCCAAGACCAGCGUCUCUCUCACCGCCUCUCCCGCUACCUCUGUGCCAUCCGUUCGCAAGUCCCUCUCUGAACCAAACACAGCCAAGUCGACUCCUAUCAGCCAUAGCCGCGGCUCGCCAAAGAAUAAGCGUCUCCAUGGUGUCACCAAACGUCGAACAUCCAGCUCUCCCUUCCGUCGCGUGGACCCUCCUUCAUUCUCGCAAGGCGCACUGCCCUUCUCAAUCGAUGCAGCACUCAGCGGCACCAUCUCCAACUACACAUCAAAGCCUGCCGUAGCAGCGAAAUCGGCACCCGUACCUCAGCAGGCCUCGGCGCUCGAGGAGUCCAUGCCCAAGGGCUGGUUCUUCGAGAUCCACGAGGACACACCCGAGCAGGAAGCUGCCAAUUUGAUGACGCACUCUGCUACCGUAUUGGACAUCAGCUCUGACGACGACGCCGAGACAAAAACGAGGAACGAGGAGCUGUCCAAGGGCAAGGAGAAUAUCCCACCGAUUGACUUCGCGCUUCUGCAGUCAAGGACAGCACCAGCGGAAGCUAUUGAUGACGGUGAGGAGACCGAGAUCGAAGAGCCUGUCAAGCGCCCUCGCCUCAGGAAACUCAGCCAGGACGCAAUGGACGAGGAUCGCAGACCGCUGGGCGACUUGUCCCCGAGCGAGUUCUAUGCUGAUGGAUGCGAUGCUAGCUCGUACGUCACCGUCGAUGCUGGGAUCGAGAGGCCGUCGAGGUUGUCGAAGGAGGUCGAUGUCGAGUCGCCGUCCGAGAACGUUGAUCCAGUAAAGAAGAUCGUUCAGUUCGCGCCUGCUGCUGAGCACGUGGCGAUAGUGAAGUGUGAAUCAACAACAUUGACGGAAGAGGAAGCCACAAUAGCACCGCCAGUCGUUGAGGCAGUAGGCGAACCGUAAUGACGCGCUGUGUUCCUUGUAGCGUGUUCAUGUACUUAAUUCACAUCACGAUGCGAUGCUGUCACGAUGCUGGCGUUUGGUUGGGCUUGGGUUGUCUACAGAGACUGGCGUUUGGUCCGCACAUGGAUAUCUUUGCCUCCGUAGCUGUUAUUGCGCGACAUAGCGUUUAUUUUCAAUGCACUAUUCUUCAAA